AGUUAAAGUUUCCAUAGCAACGGCUUCCACAAACAGACUUUUUCAAAGUACAAAUAAAAAUUUAAAUAAGACAAAAAAUCAUUAGAAAGUAAAAAUAUGUUUAGAGGAGACAAUUCGCAUUCUUUAAGCUAUGAACAGCAAGCAAAAUUUAUCCAAGACCGCAUUACAAGUGUUGAAAAGAAUUUUGGAGAUUUAUGUGUUGCAUUUGGAGAUUACGCAAGAAAGACUGCUAGAGUACGAGACAUGGGCGACGAACUGGCCAAAGUAGUGAAAGACUAUGCCAACAAUGAGCUUGUUAACAAGUCUUUAAGUUCAGGUUUAGAUAACUUAUCUAUUACUCUCACGGCGAUCGAAGAAUACAGGAAUUGUGAAGUUCAACGUUUAGAAGCGAAGGUAAUAGGUGAGCUAUGCCAAUACGAAGCAAUCUGCAAACAUGCUAGAGAGGAAUUAAAGCACACUAUGAACGUUAGAGAAAAGGAAAUGGCACGGAAGAAAGUUCUAGACAAAGCCAGGGAAAGACAACCAUUUAAUCGACAACAAGUAACGUACGCGGAAUCGGAAUUAAUAAAAGCGUCGGCUGAAAUGUCUCGUACAGCGAAAGGUUUGAGUGAACAGACGGAAUUCUUCGAGCGACGUAAGCUCCAGCAGCUUAAAUCACUUCUGUCGAACUUUGUGAUGAUAGAGAUGACUUUCCAUACGAAAGCUGUCGAGCUACUGACUGUGGCUUAUCAGCAGAUUGCAGAUAUUAAUGACAGAGCUGAUUUAGAGAAUUUCAAGAGAAAAUUAAGAUCUCCGGAAAAACAAGUGAGUACCGGAAUAUCAGCGAGGUCUUUGUCUCUGGCCACGCUCAUGAACACACAGUCGCCGAGAGACGACGGUGAUACGGCGAGUUUGGGGAGACUGAGAUCGCCCGACAAGAGUGCCGCGGUGGCAAAGCAAAGAUCAGGUUCCCUCGCUGCGUUGAUGAAUCAGUCUUCGUCGAAAGACGAAGAAACUACGGAUUCCGAAUCAGAUGAAGAGGAAUCGUCGGAAGAAACUGAGUCACGAUAAUUACUUCUUGAAAAUAUAUUAAGUUUUGUAAUGUAAGAAAUAAAUGUUUUG